GGCAGUAUUUUCACGAUUCGCCAGCCAAAUACCGUCUUCUCUCUUGGAACACGGGAUCACGAUGCAAGGCGUCUCUGGUUGACAAUAUUGCAGAUUUCCUGUGAGCCUGUGACAGGUGAAGCUUCCCGUUGCGCACACCGUGUCUCUGGUCUCUGCUCUAAACCUUCAAAACCUCCGGUUCCCCAGCCAUUAUCCAAAGAGAAACCCCGUCGAAGCGACUGAAGAGAAACCCCAAAUGGCGACCCCUUCCAUGCUCAGCUUCUUCUCCCCGCUGGUCCUCCUCCGCCCGGCCUCCCUCGCCCCGCCGCGCCGCGCGGCGCCCGCCUCCUCCGCCAUCUCCGUGCGCGCCGCCGCCGCCUCGUCCAAGUCCCCGGCAGCCGCGGCCCCGAAGAAGAGGGCGGCGACUGGCAUCACGAUGCCGCGGCCCGUGUCCCCGGCGCUGCAGGCGGUGGUGGGCGCCUCCGAGGUCCCGCGCACCGAGGCCAUCAAGCGCCUCUGGGCCUACAUCAAGCAGAACAACCUCCAGGACCCUAUGGACAAGAAGGUCAUCGUUUGCGACCAGAAGCUGAAAGCCCUGUUCGCUGGUCGGGAGCGCGUCGGAUUCCUUGAGAUUGCCAAACUUCUGAACCCACACUUUGUGAAGGCUCCUUGAAGACGGCCCUCUUCCAUGGAGUUGAGUUAGCCUAGCAUAGAUGGUUUCUACUUUCUGGUGGUGUGUUGAGGAUGCGUUAGGUUCGUUUUGUUGGCCCAAGUUGGCUCAACUCCUCUCUCUCUCUCUCCGCAGACAGUGUUAGUGUUCCUUUGGCAGUAACAACCUGGAACCUCUUAGCAGCUUUAAGCUUGUACUAGUAUGCUUGAAAAUUACUCGUAGCAAGUGGUGUGUCCUGGAAUCUCAGCGUGCCAAGUUCAUGCACCUUCUGUUGCA